UUUAGUGAAGGGGAAAUGAAGGCCUGGAAGGAACAGAGAUUUAGCCAGGGCCUGGAGGCAAGAAAAAGACUCUCUCCGUGGAGUGUGAGGGACCAGGGGAAGCUGAAGGAAAGAGAGUUCUCGCAGCUAUCAUGGGUACCAGGACCCUCUCCACUCUUACCUGCUUGGCGCUGCUGCUGCUGCUGGCCUCAGCCGAUGGCUCGGUGCCAUUGGCCCCAACCCCACUGGCAGCUCUUCUCGCCCUCCUUCCCAGCUGCCCCGGCUGCCAGACCCCGAUUUCGCCGAGAGGAGAGCCCCGGCCUGCUGAGCAGGGUCCAGAACCAUAUCUUUUCCUACUGGCAGACCGCCAAAGCCAAGGCGCAGGAGCUCUAUGAGAAUGUCCACAUACCUAGAGUGGAUCAAAACCUCAGGCACGUCUAUGACAAGGGUACAGAGGCCAUGACCACAUACACUGGGAUUCUAACAGAUCAAAUCAUUCACAUGCUAAAGGGGGAGCAGUGAUGAGCCAGUGAAUCCUGGAUCCCCCCUCUUCUCCUCCAUCUUUCGCCCAACCCAGGCGGGUGCAGCCGGAAACCUCACUCCCAGACUUCCCUCCAAUAAAACUGUCUAUAAAUGA